CGCCGGCAACAUUCAUCAGCCGCCCCGUUGUCCCUGAGGCAAUUUAUUUGGUUGUCUCUGCGACGCCUAUUUUGGCCUAUAAAAGAACCUGGACUUCGACCAGGACAAUCAGAGACCGAGUGACCGUUCCGAGAGAAUCAUCAGUGUGAAAGAAGUUGUGGAAUUUUAACAAAAUUGGUUUAAAAAUGAAAUCUAUGCUGAGUAUGUCCAGCUUGGUAAACGCAAUCCUAGUGUUUGUCCUAAUUGCAGAGUUCAGUGUGGCAGAAAUGGAGCACGACAAAAAUCGCCGCGGUGCCAAUAUGGGGCUAUAUGCCUUCCCGCGCGUCGGCCGCGGAGAUCCCAGUCUGGCCAACAGUCUACGCGACGGACUGGACGCCGCGGUCCUCGACGGCAUUUACGGCGAUGCCUCCCCGGAGGACUAUAACGAGGCUGAUUUCCAGAAGCGGGCCAGCGGUCUGGUGGCCUUUCCGCGCGUGGGCCGCGGCGGUGAUGCCGAGCUGCGCAAGUGGGCCCACCUCCUGGCUUUGCAACAGGUGCUUGACAAGCGCACGGGACCCAGUGCCUCCUCGGGGUUGUGGUUCGGCCCUCGGCUCGGCAAGCGCAGUGUGGACGCCAAGACCUACGCCAAGGGACAAAAGGAAUUCAACUAGGUUCCGGAGCCCCCGACCACUCCCACUCCCACACGAACUUCACUCCGAUCAAAGACGCAGCGUAGUAAUUAAUUUUGAUAAACAAGAGGACGCUUCUAAUUGAAUAUUGUAAUGGGUAUACAAAAAAAAGGAAAUAUGUUUUUCGGUCAAAUAUAUACAAAAUAAUAAUGAAUCAAGGGCUGGUGAGAGAGCUUGUACUAAAUGUCUUUGUGUGUUGUACUACUACUGGCAAUCGAAUAUUGUGUAAAUAAAUAUAUAAUAAAACAAGUAA